UUCGGUUUGUAUGAAAGUGUAAAUAUGAGUUCUCUGGAUCUCUCUGGAUGUGACAUAUACGAAUUGCAGUCUGAAUCGUUUCAGGGAUUAUCAAGCCUGAGAAUCUUGAAUCUGUCGGAUACUCGUCUCACUAGUAUCGAAGUCUCGGCCUUCACAAGCCUGCAAUCUUUGACGAGUCUAGACUUGUCCAAUAACAAUUUAGGUAACAUAGCACCAGCCUUGUUUGACAAACUCCGAAGGACAUUGAUUACUUUGGCCAUUUCUAACAGCUCAUUGGAUGUGUUAAACGAGAAUACAUUUAGAAACAUGGUGUCACUGGAAAAACUUGACCUCAGCCAAAACAAUAUAAGUAGUCUACCCCCCUCUCUUUUGAUCGACGUCGGGAAGCUGGUUGACCUGAAUCUGAAGGAAAAUCGACUGCACAAUAUUCCACCGAAUGUGUUAGAAGCUCAGGUCAACAUGGAAUACCUUGACCUUGGAACAAAUUUAUUGACUGGAAUUCCGCCUAAUAUGUUUGAUACUACGAAAUCACUUCGUAAGAUAGACCUGUCUGCCAACAAUAUCACGUUCCUUCCGGAGAACAUUUUCAAGGUGACACAUUUUCUUGAAACAGUUAAAUUGACAGGCAACCCUAUACACUGUGACUGUGAGGUUCUACUUUUGCCACAGAACAUUUUCGGUUUAGAAUUACACGGGCAUUGCUCGUCUCCCCAGGAGUAUGCUUCCUCGCCAAUACAGGACGUGCAGACCGGUGACGUAUGUAUUUCCACGACCACGCUCCCGACAACGCUCCCGACUACGCUCCCGACAACGCUCGAGCGCGUCGUCAGCAUUUCCCCAACACCCGUAAUAACUGUGAAAAACAAGUCCGGUAUGGAAUCCACGCAGUAUGUAGACAGCUUCGAGAGUACACGAUGGACGGCGAGUAGUUAUGACGAUAUCCACCCUACGGCUACUUUAACCAAUGUCAACAUGUCUGCUUCGCAUAAUAAUUCUUACAGGGCAGACGUAGAUAUGGCUCAAAGUGGUGGUCAUGUGUUCGGAUCGUUUGGUCUCAAUGGAUUUUAUAUUGCCAUGGGAGUAGUUGGGACAGUGUUCAUUUUUGGUUCAGUUGCUAUGGUGAUGUAUCGUAGAAGGCAAGCUUCACGCAGUAUGGUUUAUAUUGUCAACCCGGAAGAGUCCAAUGAUCAUUCUGGUGACGACCUCGUAGGCAGCUUUGUACGGGUAGAACCUGGAUCUUUUGAUCGUGUUGUAGAUGUAGGAAACUCUGAGAUAGAAAAAUAAGAAAUCUUGAUCAUCAACGUUAAUCUGUACGUAUUAUUUUCGUUGUUCCUUCUCAUAUGACAGUGCAGUAGUUAAGGAGUCAUUGAACCGUUAUCUCAUUACGUAUUAUGUUAAUAUAUAUAUGCUAUGCCCACUUCAAUGUACAUACUAAUGUUUUUAUUUCGAUUAUAUAAAGUAGAUCGAGAUCACGUAUUUGUACCAUACCUUUGCCAUCAACUAUAAGCAAUGUGUUUAUAACUUUCGCCCCCGAAGGGAAGAGAUAGGGGGAGGGAGGACCACCCGAGGUAGGUAAAGUUAAGAAAACAAACUCUGCAUGUGAAUCAAUGUAUCAAUUUCACUGAAUUAUACAGAAUAUACGUAUGUUAAAUCGUCGAAGUGAAAUCAUGUAAUUUUAUUACUGUUUGCAAUAAAUUUGUGUUAAAUAAGCGACUCAGA